AUGUUCCGAUGUUCCGAAGUCUCCUCAGCUGAUUUUAUGGUUCAAAUUGAAGCCUUCGACUUUGAGCAUAAAGGUUGUGGAGGAGUUUUUCACAUUGAUGCCAUGUGCAUGCCGCUUAUCGACGUUCACUUUCCUGGUGGAUUCCCAGCAGCAGAGCUUGAUCUCCGGAUAACAGUCUCGACAAAACAAGAGGUUGAGACGGAAUUCCUUCAGCUUUUGGAAUUUUGUCACUCAAAAAAGCCCGUACCAAUAAUUCUUCUUGAAAAAGUGCUCACUUCCGAGGGAAAAAAAGGGGAAGCAAUUUUUGGUUGCUGGACGUUUCAAUACAACUUCCCGAUGCAACUCGAGCAGACUCCUCCAGAGGAUUGUUCAAACUGUGGAUCACCAAUAUUCAAGCUUGAAGAAUGGAAGGUGACAAAGUAUAAUCAUUGA